AUGAGAAGUUGCUGGACAGCCGAAUGGUUUAGAGAAAUCGCGGAGAACAGAAACUCGGUUGCAAACGACAAGAAUGUUGGCAAGGGUAAGAAGAAGUUUGAUGCAUCUUCAAGUGCUCGAGAAACUACUUUUUCAUUGGUGGAUGAUGAGAUUCUUGAAUUCUUUAAUGACAAGUGCCAAGGUAGAAUUAUGGCCAAACAACACUACUACAAAGUUAGAAUUGUUGAAGACCUUCAUAUUCCAAAAAAUUUGAGUCAAAUGAAUCAUCAAGGCAUCAACUACUUUUUACGGCAGGCUCAAGACUACAAUGAAGACUUGAUGUAA